CCAGGGCAGGGGGGGCAGCUGUGCAGGUUGCAGGGCCCAGUAUUGCCCCAGGGGAGGAUGGGGGGGCAGUUGCCAUCUUCUCCUAUCCCCCCGGGGCCUGUUUUCUGUGCCGCCAACAGGUGACAAGUCUACGCGAGCGAGCGUUCGGUGCCGUUUUGGGCAGGAUGGGUUUGGAUGGGCCGGGGGGAAAGGCCGCAGCUUGUUCCCUCCGUGACGAGCCUCCACUCCUCUAAACACUCGUGCCCAGGCAUAUGCAUCAAAGGUCUGGGUGGCCCUCAUGCAUACGCCGUGAUCCAGGAGGAUUGACGGUUGCCACGAAAUGUAGGUGAAGGGACAGAUCAAGACACCCCUGAUUAAUUAACUCGGCGGGGCCGGACUCGAAGAUCUUCCAAGGUGGAAUGUCGCCCAUCCUUCAAACAGCGCGACUUGCUGAAAAGAAACAGAGCCAACAACAAACUGGAGAGACUGUGACGAGGUUACACUCUCCUUUACCUCGGCUCUGUGGGAGGUUGCAACCCCCUGAAGUUGCCACAACAGCUCAUCCAGUCAUGUUACAGGUUUUGCAGCAACCCCCAGCACCCCAGCUGGAGUGUCUAGAUCAACCUCAGAUUUGUGCGGAGCCCCAGCCACAAAAUGUACCUGUUACUUCACAUAGUCAGGUUGUGACUUCCCUUCAACAUCAGGUACAGCCAGUGGGCCAGGCGCAGAGGCAGCGAGCUCCAGCACAACGUCAGGCAAACCAAAUACAUCGACGCAUAGCGGACCUCAGGAAGGUAGGUUUAUGGUCCAUGAGGCGCUUGCCCAAGCUUCAGGAAGCUUCAAGACCCAAAUCACACCAGGAUUAUCUGCUGGAGGAAAUGCAGUGGAUGGCAACUGACUUCCUUCAAGAGAGAAGGUGGAAAAUGGCAACUGCCAGGAAGCUGGUCAGAAGUGUGACUCAGUACCAUGAAGAUAAGAAACUCUGGAGUGAGAGGGGCAAGAAGGAGAAACAGAAUCAGUUGAGGUGCAUUGCUGCUUGUGUUGCCAGAGAAAUCGAGUAUUUCUGGUUCAGCAUUAAACAGGUGGUAGAAUUAAAACUGCAAGUGGAGUUAGAAGAGAGAAGGAAGAAUUCACUAAGAGGUCUUAAUAGAAGAAUUAAGGGUCCAGCAAUACCUGGGAGAAAAGGAAAAGCAAUCACCUUGCUUACUGAUCGCAAAGAAAUGGAAGAAUCUGUGAGUGGCAGAGGAAGCACUCGAGAGGAAAUGGUGCUUAUAGACUCUUUCCUCAGCAUCGAUCAAUGUGAAGGUGCCAUAAAGAAAUGCAUGAGAGAUGUAGCAGAGUUUGCUGCUGCUGCUGCUGCUGAAGUGCUGUUACCUAAAGGCAGUGCUCAAAUCACAACAGCAGUCAAAUGUUGUGCUCCAUCCCGGCAGCACAGGACACUCCGAGAUUAUCAGAAGCUUGGGCUGGACUGGUUAGUGAAGCUAUAUGAGAAGAAUCUUAAUGGUGUUCUCGCAGAUGAGGCUGGCCUUGGCAAAACUAUGCAGGUUGCUGCCUUAUUUGCACACCUGGCUUGUAGUGAAGGUAACUGGGGUCCGCAUCUUGUUGUGGCCCAGAACUGUAACUUGUUGAAAUGGAAGAAUGAACUGGAACGCUGGUGCCCUGAAUUGAAGGUUCUUCUCUAUUUUGCUAGGCAAAGAGAAUUUGCAGGAAAAAGACAGGAAUGGAUGAAACCGAGCAAUUUUAAUGUAUGUAUUACUUCCUACAAGCAACUGUUCAAAAGUUACCAGGUUUUCAUGAAAAUGCAGUGGAAGUACCUAGUCAUAGAUGAGAGGCAGAAAGUUAAAAAUUUGUCUGAGAAACGCUGGGAGGCACUCUGCAGGCUCCAAAGCCAGCAUCGCUUACUCUUGAUAGAACCUCCCCUUCCUACCUCCUUGUUAGAACUGUGGACACUGGUACGUUUUUUGAUUCCUGGAAUUUCCAGACCUUGCAUGGAUUUUGUGACAAAUGCAGCUAAAAAGGAGAAUGAAGAUUACUAUCAGAAAAUGGCUAUGAGACUGCAUAGAAUAACUCAACCAUUUAUUUUUCAAAGAACCAAAAGACAAGUGGAAAAACAAUUGACAAAGAAAUAUGAUCAUGUGCUGAAGUGUUAUUUUUCUCAUCGGCAGAAAGCUAUGUAUAAAGAUGUCCUGUUUCAACCAAGAACUCAAGAAGCUCUCAGAAGCGGGCAUUUUGUCAGUGUCCUUCAUGUUCUGAUGCAACUCCAAAAGAUUUGUAAUCACCCUGAUCUGAUAAAUCCCAGGCUUUCCAGCUCCUCCUACGUAUUGGAGUCACUAGAGUAUACAAUUGCUUCAUUGGUACUGAAUGCCCUGGAAUGGGAUCUUUGGAAGCACGCAGACAUGUCUCACUUCGAUCUGAUUGGGAUGGAAGACAAAAUGACGCGCUAUGCGGCACAAAGGCUGCCAAACCAAAAAGUGACCAGAAAGCUCAUUGAAGAGAUCUACAGUUCCCCUCCUACUCCACCCAGACCCAACCCAGUAAAGCUCAGACCGAGCAAGUUAUUUCAACCAGUGCUGUAUGGACAGAAACCAGAGGGCAGAACUCUACAUUUCCCUACUCUUCAGAUAUACCACACAGCAAAUACGACAAUGGCUACAGGAGCUCAUUGUGGUGGUAAGGUGGAAAAACUAGGUUGGUCAUUCCCCACAACUGGAGCACAAGACAGAAAUGCUCAACCAGAGAUGCCUGUAACAUUACAUUUUAAAGGGAAAACAUUUACUUUGUCUUAUAGUCAACUCUGCCAGCUUACUGGAGGACAACCUCUGCAGCUUGAAGGAAACACUUUCCACAUUGUCUCAGUUUCAACCCUAAAAUACUUAGGACUACAUCCUCACUGGCCAGCUGCCGUGCCAUCUAUUGGUUGGUCUGGGUCUGAGCCUGUUGAAAGUACUAGUUUUACAAAGCAUGUAGACCAUCACUCCAAUGCGUCAACUUCUACCGUAGUAACACAGCAAAUGAAUGAUCCAGCAACUAAAUCAAAAUCCAUGUCUCUCCUAGGAUGUCCAACACAGGCUCUAACAGAGGAAAAGAACAGGCUUUGGAAGGAGCAUGUGGACAGAAUACUUUCUGGCAAUGAGCGUCAUUGUUCUAAAGCCCCAGUAUAUGGCAGAGACUUGCUGGGAAUUUGUUCUUUGAUUAGCGAAAGGAAAACCCCUUGGCAGUACUCUGUCAGCAUCAACAAAUGGAGGUGGGCUGGCUUUGUGAACUGUUGCCUUUCUUCAAGGGCCUCAGAAGGCCUGAGUGAUCCACUUCAAGACCUGGUCUUGGUACCAGGGCAGCGACAGGAGUCCUUGAAGGAUGUUAUGAACAGCACUCUGUGUGUGCUGCCAGCUGCAGUUGUUGCUCGUCCAGCAAAUCCUCCUUCAUACACCCGUAGUAUGAAAACCUUAAAGCACAAUCUUGAAGAGCAAGUAGCUCCCUAUUUCCAUCAGCUGCAGCAGAUUACCACUUUGCCCUUACUACAGUUCCCUGACCGCCGACUAGUGCAGUAUGAUUCAGGCAAGUUGGAGGCUCUGUCUGUCUUGCUUCAGAAGCUGAAAUCAGAAGGGCACCGUGUGCUGAUUUUAACACAGAUGACUCUGAUGCUGGAUAUCUUGGAGCAGUUUCUAAACUUCCACUUUCUCACCUACAUAAGAGUUGAAGAGUAUGCCAGCUGUGAGCAGCAUCUGGAGCAGAUAAAUACUUUCAACAGAGACAAGCGAAUCUUUUGUGCUAUCCUGUCCUCUCACAGCCCUUCGGCAGGUGUCAGUUGUGUAGAGGCAGAUGCUGCUGUGUUCUAUGACAUCGAUUUGGAUCCAUUGAUGGAUGCAAAGGCUCAGGAAUGGUGCCACAGGCUUGAGAGAGGCAGAGACAUCCAUGUGUACAGGCUUGUAAGUAGCAAUUCCAUAGAAGAGAUGCUGUUGAAAAAUGGCACUAAACAUCUCAUCAGAGAGGUAGCUGCUUCAGGAAAUGACAAUCCCAUGGCAUUUUUAACACAGGCUCUUGGCAUUGAACAAGGGAAAGAGGAUCCCAGAAAAUAUGCACAGGAGACGAGAUAUGAAUUAAGAGCGGACAUAACUUCAGAAUUACCUGAUGCAAGAAAUAGCGUGGCUUCUUCACAGUUAAAGGAAUUGGUUGACUUUAUGGAUCGACUCUUGCCGAUUGAAAAGUAUGCUUUGAAUUUCUUGGAAUUGUUUUAUGCUUCCACUGAUCCAGAAAAGCAGAAAGCCAAUGAGGACUUGAAAAAUGCAAAGAUAAAAUGGGAGCUCCGUCAGAUCAAGGAGUUGAAAGGUAGAGAAGAGAAAAUGCAGUAUGAAGAGGAGGAAGAGCUCUUAACCUACACCAGACAAGAUGCUUAUAACAUGGAAUAUAUCUAUGAAGGUCCAGAUGGACAAAUGGAAAUAAUGCCUCUCUGGACUCCCCUGACCCUGCCAGAAGAUCAUGAUGAUACAUAUAUUGAUUCUGUUUUGUGCCUGAUGUAUGAUAGAACUCCAAUUUCUGAGUCCAAGCUACCACCUUUAUACAAUCGGAUGAAGCAAGAACGGCAGCAUUUGGAUCCUUCUGGUAAAAGUAAAAGGCAUCACCAUGGGAAGAUGGCUACUCCUCCUCCAUCGCUUUUUGGCCGUGUGAAUCUGAGGCUAUUGAAAAUGCGACAAAAGGGCAAAGGAGAGAGAAACAAACUUUUGUUAAGGCGGCGAGCUUGCUUUGCAAAACUUUUGCCUGCUUUUGUCAGGUCAGCUACAGAGGCUGGACAGGAUAGCCCCGAGUGGCAGAUAAGUGAAGACAGGGCACUGUUACAGGCGGUGAAACAGUUACUGCAACUUCCUUUAAAUCUAGCUAUUGUAUCACUGGCUCAGACACCCAAUUGGGAUCUCGUCAGCGACGUUGUUAAUACCUGUAGCCAAGCUUAUCGCUCAUCAAAACAAUGCCAAAAUCGAUUUGUAAAUCUUGUUAUAGCAAGAGAGGAAGUAAAGAAAAUGAAUGGUCACCUUCAUACCAAGCAGACUUCUGCCCAAGACCAGAAUUCUGCACAUGUGCAACUUUAUAUGAGUCACUUUGAUUUAAUGACAAUGGCUGCAAGAAAGAGAAGUUCCCCAGAUAAAACUCUAAAUAACUGGGAUAAGCCAGCCUCGAUAACUGAGGCUGCAUCCCCUUGCAUGGAGCCUAAAGCAAAAGUAAAAAAGACUCUGACUGAAAACCAGGUGGGCAAAGGGGCAGAUCCACAGGAAACUCAACAACAAACUAUACAGCAAGCACAAGUUCAUUCUCCAGCACGGGUACAAACACAGACUUGUCUUCCUGCUUUCCAGCUAAAAGCACUGAGGCAGAUCCAAACAGUGAAGGCAGUACAAGUUCCUCUGGCAGAUCUUUCAGUGGUGUCUGUUCCAGCAACUACUGUUCCAUCUCUAGGAGUAGCAACACUCCCUUCUCUUCUUCCUGAGAUCUCUUCUGCUGAAAUUAAUGAUCCUCUUAGGCAGCCACAGAAAGCACCAGAAGCCCAGAUAGUGGAUGGAGAGGUCCAACAGUGUCUAAGCUAUACAUAUCAAGCGGCUGAGCAACAAAGCACCUUCCAUUCCCAGAUUGCUCAAGGAGAACCUACUGUGUAGCACAGGUUCAGCUUUGGCCACACAAUAUCCCAGGCAGCAGAUGCUGAUGAGCAGGCUCGUGAGACUUCUGCAGCAGUGGCUCCAUCUCAAGUGAUCCUGCUGAAGUUAGUACAGAAGCAAGUUCUGCUAACAAUAUGUUUUCAAUCACAGACCCCGAUGUGUGGUGUCCAGCAAAUCUGAAGAUAAAAGUUAGCAACUAGAAGUUGAUAUGAGGAUCCCUACAUUAAGACCGAGAUGAAUGCAUCCAUGAAAAUGUUAUUAAACUACUGUUUAAAUUAAACUUGAGUAGAGAGGUACAA